AUGGCGCUAGAGGCGGGAGCGAUGGCGCCAGAGGCGGGGAGCGCGAUGGCGCCAGAGGCGGGGGAGCGCGAUGGCGCUAGAGGAGGGGAGCGCGAUGGCGCCAGAGGAGGGGAGCGCGAUGGCGCCAGAGGCGGGGAGCGCGAUGGCGCCAGAGGCGGGGGAGCGCGAUGGCGCCAGAGGAGGAGCUACGCGAGGCGGGAGCGAUGGCGCCAGCGAGGGGCGAAGACGGCGCCAGAGGCGGAGAAGAUGGGGCCGACCUCCAAGGAAAGCAAACAGAGACAGGGGGCUGGAGAAGGAGGGCACGGGGCAGCAAGGAAAGCAAACAGAGACAGGGGAGCUGCUGAGAAGGAGGGGCACUGGGGCAGCAAGGAAAGCAAACAGAGACAGGGGGCUGGAGAAGGAGGGGCACGGGGGGCAGCAAGGAAAGCAAACAGAGACAGAGGGCUGGAGAAGGAGGGGCACGGGGGAAGCAAGGAAAGCAAACAGAGACAGGGGGCUGGAGAAGGAGGGGCACUGGGGCAGCAAGGAAAGCAAACAGAGACAGGGGGGCUGGAGAAGGAGGGGCACGGGGGCAGCAAGUUUCUGAAAGCAAACAGAGACAGAGGCUGGAGAAGGAGGGGGCACGGGGGCAGCAAGGAAAGCAAACAGAGACAGGGGGCUGGAAAAGGAGGGGCACCUGGGGCAACAAGGAAAGCAAACAGAGACAGGGGGCUGGAGAAGGAGGGGCACGGGGCAGCAAGGAAAGCAAACAGAGACAGAGGGCUGGAGAAGGAGGGGCACUGGAAGCAAGGAAAGCAAACAGAGACUCAGGGGCUGGAUGACAAACCAUUCACGGGGCAGCAAGGAAAGCAAACAGAGACAGAGGGCUGGAGAAGGAGGGGACGGGGCAGCAAGGAAAGCAAACAGAGACAGGGGGCUUGGAGAAGGAGGGGAUACGGGGGUGUCAAGGAAAGAAACAGAGACAGAGGGCUGGAGAAGGAGGGGCACGGGGGCAGCAAGAAAAGCAAACAGAGACAGGGGGCUGGAGAAGGAGGGGCACGGGGCAGCGAGGAAAGCAAACAGAGACAGGGGGGCUGGAGAAGGAGGGGCACGGGGGCAGCGAGAAAGCAAACAGAGACAGGGGCUGGAGAAGGAGGGCACGGGGGCAGCGAGGAAAGCAAACAGAGACAGGGGGCUGGAGAAGGAGGGGCACGGGGGCAGCAAGGAAAGCAAACAGAGACAGGGGGCUGGAGAAGGAGGGGCACGGGGGCAGCAAGGAAAGCAAACAGAGACAGGGGGCUGGAGAAGGAGGGGCAGGGGGGCAGCAAGGAAAGCAAACAGAGACAGAGGGCUGGAGAAGGAGGGGCACGGGGGCAGCAAGGAAAGCAAACAGAGACAGAGGGCUGGAGAAGGAGGGGGCACGGGGCAGCAAGGAAAGCAAACAGAGACAGGGGGCUGGAGAAGGAGGGGCAUGGGGCAGCAAGGAAAGCAAACAGAGACAGGGGGCUGGAGAAGGAGGGGCACGGGGGCAGCAAGGAAAGCAAACAGAGACAGGGGGCUGGAGAAGGAGGGGCACGGGGGCAGCAAGGAAAGCAAACAGAGACAGGGGGCUGGAGAAGGAGGGGCACGGGGGCAGCAAGGAAAGCAAACAGAGACAGGGGCUGGAGAAGGAGGGGCACGGGGGCAGCAAGGAAAGCAAACAGAGACAGGGGGCUGGAGAAGGAGGGGCACGGGGGCAGCGAGGAAAGCAAACAGAGACAGGGGGCUGGAGAGGGAGGGGCACGGGGGCAGCAAGGAAAGCGAACAGAGACAGAGGGCUGGAGAAGGAGGGGCAUGGGGGCAGCAAGGAAAGCAAACAGAGACAGGGGUCUGGAGAAGGAGGGGCACAGGGGCAGCCUGGAUUGA